UUAUGAGCUUUUUUCUCUAAAACGGUGUAGUUUAAUAGAAACGAACGCGUUUCCGCUUCUCUUUCGUCGGAGCAGUCAAGACAGAGAAUAAACUCAAGAGGAGGAGGAAGAAGAAGAGGGUGUAGCAAAGACUGAGAAUGGAAAGCGUGGACUCUAAUUUUCCUGUGCGCCAUAGAAAGUUUUCACUAGAAAUUAAGGGAAACAAGACAGAGAUAGUGAUAUGCAGCUACGAAGACCAUAUCCUUGUCAUAGCAACACAGAUUGGUGCCAUGGGAACUAUAUUGCACGCAAGGAAGGAAGAAGGGAUGUCUGUUGAACCAACAUUCAGUGUCUCAGUGAUAUUCGGAAAGCGAGAUGAGCCAAUGCUGAUAGCAACUGCUCGAAGACUCAUUGACCACAUAAGUUCUUUUGUUCCCUCGAAGCCUCUGGUUCUCUCACUUGGUCUCAAAGAUCAUUCUUCGGAGACGUUAAAGGAGAUAGUAGCGGCUGUGAUCGAGAAUCGCCUUUGGUAGUAUAUACAUUCUUAUGAUCCAAUGAAAGGACAACUAGAACAUGUUGUGUGUUUACUUGAUUGAUAUUAUUACUGAGAAUUGAUUUUUCUAUUA